AUGUCUAAACCUACCAUCAAUCCGCGAUCCCUUCAGAGUCGCCUCACCCACCUUCUAAACAACUGGCCCUCCGAUGCCGUCCGCCCAGCUUCAGUCUCCGUUCAAACCUACAUCCAAUCCCGUCUCCAACCCACCGAUAAAUCAAGCCCGGCGAUCUCCGAGUCCUCCACCAAGGCCCUCGAGUCGCUGCUGAACAAUCGUUUCUCAUCCAAAUACCCAAUGCCGGAGAAGCUGCGCCGGCCAGCGAGUAGCCCAGACCACUACGACAAUGUCGUACGCGAGUUUGCAGAGGCGCCGAACCGCGAUUGGUUUGGGCGGUUAAAGAAGAGGAUGGCUGGUAUCAUCCGGUUGACUUGA